GAAUCCCGCGAGAAUCGGUUGUUUGUUUACAACGCCGCCCUUCUCGUGAUAUGUUAAUUACCUUUAUUGACGAAGAGACCAAAAAUAAGUUUGUGAGCUGUGUUUCCAUUCGUUUUCGCGACUCCACCUCUGCUAUCAACGACGAGGACAUGCCGCUAACGUAUCUAAACAUCUAUGAUGCUCCCCAUGAGUUGUCCGACGACGCUCUCAAACUGCGCUUGGCUAAAUAUUGCACUGUUUUUUCGGCGAGGCGUGGAAAGUUCUCGAACUCGCACGUCUACAAUGGGAUCCGUCACUACCGCGUGCGUGUGAAAAAUCCUAUUCCUAGCUAUUUACGCUUCGGUAAGUUCCUCGUGCGUCUCUCACAUGAUGGACAACAACACACCUGCCGCCGCUGUAAUCGUGCGGGACAUUUCGCUAAUGAAUGUCAAAAUACCGUUUGUUUUAAUUGUGAAGAGCUUGGCCAUGUAUCGCGUGAUUGUGAGGAAGAGAUUCGUUGUUGUAUUUGCAAGAGUACUGAACAUUUUGCCCGCCGUUGUCCAUACUCCUGGUACCAGGCCCCGCCGCCUCCCCAGGUCCCUGGCCCCAGCUCAACUGAAAAUGCCACUCAUAGUGCCACGGGAAACGCCGCUGACAAUGUCGCCGAAGACGUCGUUGAAGAAAUACCCGCGGGCGAUUCUUCUGGGUCUCCUGUGGGUGAUAGCGUCCCGCUUGAUAACCUCUCGCGAGAUCGUCCUUCCCCGCAGGACCCUGAUAACCCUGACCCUUCUCCGGCUGAUGUUUCUUCUGGCCAACCCUCGGUUUUAUCCUCGGAUGAGCGCGUCUUAGAUAGUCAGGGUUUCAUCUGGGAGCAAAUCGCUAAUCGGAUGCGGGAACCAGGUUUGGCCCCCAACCCCCCUGGUCCGCAGAGUUCUCCUUCUCCUGCUGAGAGCCCCGAUGUCGAUGCGAUGAACCCUGAUUUGACUCAGCCUGCUGUAGAUGUCCAGCCUCCUGACAACUCUCCUCUUGAUGUCUCAAUGAAUAGCGUCCCCCUUGUCCCCCCUGUCCCCCCUGAUGGUCCUGCGCAAGCCUCACCUUCUCCUGAUACCUCUCUGGUACCUGGGAAGUCAUCCAAGAGUGUUCAGUCUUCACGGCGUAAACCUGCCCCCUUGCCGGCGGCCUUGGAAGCGCUGGGUCGCAAACCAACCAGACCAUCUUUACCCGGUUCCGGGAGAAAAUCUACUUCAGUGGACCCCCCUCCUCCUCCUCCCCCGCAUGAUCGCUCUGAACCCGAAGAUAUGGACACUCUUGCUUACACCUCCUUGAAGCGGAAGCAGGAGCUGAAGGCGAAGAAGGCUGGCCCAAAGAAGGGUAAACAUUAAUCUUGGAAAUGGAACA